CAAUAACCAGUCAUUAGCCUAGCUCCUACUUCAGUUAUCCCGCCAAGAAAACACCACCUACAAAAUGUUCAAAGUUCUGUUCGUUCUUGCUGCCUUUGCCGCCGCCCAGGCGAGCGCCUUUCCCGGAGUGGUGGCCGUGGCUCCCGUGGUGGCGCACCCAGCGGUAGUACACACGCCCAUCAUCCAUCACGGCGCCCACUCGGUGCACUCCCAUGUUGUUCAUCACCCGGCAGCCGUCAAGGUCAUCACCCCCGUUGUCCACAAGCCCGUGGUGGCGGUGCAUGCCGUCAGGCCGGUGGUUCCUCUGGUUCCAGUGCAUCAUGCCGCCCCCGCUGUCGUCGUGCAUCAUUAACUGCAAUGAAUACAGUGUCCCCAUCCCGAUCCCGUUCCCGUUACCGCUCCCACUCCCGUUCCCGAACCCUACGACCCCAAUCCUUUCCUGACCCCACACAACUGAUCCCACAAUAAAAGUUCAUAGCCAUGUAA